AUGGAGUACAAAUACGGAGCAAAUGAGUAUGAGGGACAAGAGUUGGAACAAUGGAUGGGAUCCGCCAACGCUCCCGGAUCUUCAGACACCCGAUUGGUUAACAAGCUACAAUCAGAAAUUAUUCCAAUUGACUUCGUCAACUAUGUGUCGGAGCUUGGUCUCCCGGCAGAUACAGUUGCACUUGAUGUUGCUCACUCCCCAUACCGAACCGUGAUGGUCAGGAAGACUGCGCGUGGCGAGGACAUUGUCAAGUGGGUUGGCCAAAUUGGUCAGGGUGUCAUCUUCAUGGAUGUUAUUGCUCGAAAAAAUGCCAGUCCCGUGUAUAUCAGUGACUUGACAAAAGCUAUCUAUGAACGCGAAUUUGACCUCGGGGCUUUGAGGUAUGUUUUUGCUUCAUGUGUUAUGAACUUCAACACUGUCGAUAUUGUUAUGGCUAUUUGUCGAUCUAACGGUCUGGGAAAUCGUUUGACAGCCAACCAGACGUGGGAGGCCUCCUCGUCUGGGUACAGAGCUUUGCUUGGUAGCAAAGUUGGUAAGUCUGUUGGUAGAUUUGUCCUGGGUGCUUACGGACAAGGGGUCAAGCGAAUUGCACGCAUUGCGGUCUAUGCUACAGUUGUCGCGGGUGAUUUUGAUUUGCGAUUUGAUAUCGAGGACGUUGUUUAG